UCACACAGCCCAUCAAAAAAAAAUCUUUUUCCGCAGCGAAAAACUAAUUUUCUCGCUCGCCCGUUGAAAUUUUUUUGUUAUUUUUUUUGGAAAAUUGUCGGCCACAAUUGGAGGUAACCAAAGGAGGCGUGCGUGAAAGUCCAGGGCCGCGAGUUUUCACCGGAGAGCGAAGAGCGUGGAAAACUGCCGCCAGCACAUCCCGAUUCCCAAUUGGACACGACCAGGUGAGGAGUGAGUUCCAAUAGGAGUACCGCAGCGCAGAGUUAACAACAAACAGCAAAAACAACAACAUGGCGCUGGACAGUGGGACGCAAACGAAUGCGCUGACAUCAUCCUUCACCACCAAGAAAAAGGAUGCGGCAGCGGAAAAGGAAAACUUAUGGUCAGCGAUAUUGAAUGAAGUACAAACACAGGGCAGCACAAAACUUCCAUCAAACAAAUCUGUACUAGUAUUAGGCGACAAUGCCACCGGAAAGACGACACUCAUUGCCAAACUGCAGGGCGUCGAGGAUCCGAAGAAGGGUUCCGGCCUGGAGUAUGCCUACAUUGAUGUCAAGGACGAGUACAGAGACGACAUGACGCGUUUGGGCGUUUGGGUCCUGGACGGCGAUCCAGGGCACACAAACCUGCUACACUAUGCGCUCAACGAAACGAACUAUGCACACACACUCGUCAUCCUCACCGUCUCGAUGACGCAGCCGUGGGGCUGGCUGGAGCAGCUCAACCACUGGAUCAAGGUCCUGGGCCAGCACAUCGAGAGCCUGCAGCUGGACGCCAAAGAGAAGGAGGCGGCUCGCCAGCGACUGGCCACCACGUGGCAGAGCUACUGCGAGGUGGGCGAUGACAUGGACCCGGGUUCUCCGGUCAAGCGGACAAUGCGCAACAACUCGAUCGACGAGGACGACCUGCUGCCGCUCACGGAGGACGCACUAAUUACAAAUCUGGGUCUCGACAUUGUUGUUGUCGUCACAAAGACGGACUACAUGACCACGCUGGAGAAGGAGUACGAGUAUCGCGACGAGCACUUCGACUUCAUCCAGCAGUGGAUACGUAACUUCUGCCUGCGGCACGGCACCUCGCUCUUCUACACGAGCGUCAAAGAAGACAAAAACUGUGAUCUCCUCUACAAAUAUCUGACGCAUCGAAUUUAUGGUCUACCAUUCCGUACGCCAGCGCUAGUCGUUGAAAAGGAUGCGGUACUCAUUCCGGCUGGCUGGGAUAGCCUGAAGAAGAUUAGUAUUUUGUACGAGAAUAUGCAUGGCGUCAAGGCCGAGAAUCCCUACACAGACAUUAUCAAAUCGCCGCCAACUAGAAAGGCGGUUUCCAAUCGAGAGGCGGAAGUGCAGACGGAGGACGAGCAGGCCUUCCUGGCCCGCCAGCAGGAGAUCCUCAAGCAGGGCGACCAGGUGCGCGGAGAGUCGCCUCUGCGAUCGCAGGGUGUGGGCAGCAACAAGAGCGGACCACGAACGCCCGGCACCGCAGGCCAGAGUUCACCCAAAAAGAUUGAUCCCAAGCUGACGCCAGCCACGCCCGGUGCCGAGGGCGUUCUGGCCAACUUCUUCAACUCGCUGCUGCACAAAAAGUCGGGCAGUCCGGCCAGUGGCGGCUCGGGCGGAGCCGGUAGUCCGGCGGGACCGGGUCGCACGGCCAACGGCACGGACGCCAUGAUGACGCCCGAGAAGCUGGCCGUGCGCACAGAUGCGGCCGCCGAGCUGGACCGGUUAUCGCGCAGCGUCAAGAAGGAGAUCGACCUGUCGCAGAGUGAGUGCUGAGUGCUGAACGCCGUAGUCAACCAGUGGCAGCAGCAACACACACACACACACACACACACCACAGAAACACACACCAGCGGCAGCAGCAACAAAAGAACCAGAUCAACAUGAAAUCGUUAUUUAAGCAUAAAGUGAAGGGCAGAGACUCGUAGAGAACGCAGGGCCAGUAGUGCUGAAUGGAAACACAAUUUAAAACAGCCUAAAGAUCAUUCAAUGGUCUCAAAGUUGGUGGACAGACUUUGAUCAGUCUGCGGGUAUAGUAUUCAAAAAAGAAACUGUUGGCCAAUUAUUCAAAUCUUUAUGAAGGUAUUUGAACUUUGAAUAUUAUUCGAUUGUUUAUUAAGAGCUCUAAGGAAAGGCAAGUUUCUAAAUUUUAUGAAAUACAAAUUUCGCUUUCCGAAUCAAACGCCCUCCAAGAAACUGAUCAAUGUCCGGAGAUUUUUCAUAAACUUUUCAACAAACUUCCGGGAACUCAUGUGAUGAGUUUCCUGACUACAAGCUAUUUCAUUGCGAGCCUCCUGCGGCAUACUCAAAAACGUUCGAUAGUAAAUGAAACAAAAUAGAAAACAAAACAGACACUAGGAAUGAAAAAAAACAUAAAACGAUGAACAAGAGAUGAGAAAUUCGCCACUUAAUGGUUUAGCUUAGCGAAAAAGUUUGCUAUUUGAAGAAGGAUAUUGUCUGCGAGGCAUAUUGUACUCCUCGCCGCGCAGCUCCACCCACUCUGCAUGUGUUUAAAUGGCCUUGGCGCGAGAGAGGAUUAUGAUAAUGAUAACGAUAAUGGUAAGGAUAAUGUGAAGUAGUUUUUUUUUUCGUUUGCGGGUCCACACACACAUUUGUAUGAUAAAUUAUUUAAAACGCUGUAAAAUGUAAUUAACAAACGGCAGACAAACGAAAACGAGAGAGAUUCGAACAGUCCAAGAUCCUAUCCAAGAUCCCUGCGAUGAGGAUGGUAUGCGACUAGCUUGUAUGUACUUUUUAAUUAUAUUAAUUAAUUACACACCCA